AUGUUAGAUGAUGAUGAAGAUUAAGUUAUCAUAGUAGAAGAGGAUUCUCCCAGAGAAAAAAGUAAACCAAAUUAAAAGAAAUAGUAUGAGAGAUAAUAGAAUAAUACAGAUAAGAUAUUAAAUGGGAAUAACCCUUUAAUACAAUAAAUAACAAUAUGUGAAAAGGCUGUUUAAGAGAGAUUUCAUAUUGAUUAGUUUAUUACUAGAUUUUCUAAGGAUCAGAAUAGUGUAAUUAGAAUAAUAAUUUAAAUUUUAGGCUAUUUAAUAUUUGAUUGAGAAUUAAGUGAUUGAGAAUACAAAUGAAGAUAUAGCAAAAAUUCUUAUGACUACAAAAGGAUUGAAUAAGGAUUCAAUAAAUAAAUAUUUUUGUAAACCAGAUCAAAAAUAUUAGGAUAUAUUUGAAGCUUAUUGUUAAUUAUUGAAUUUAAAAGAUAAAAGUUAUUUAGAUGCAAUGAGAUUAUUAUUAUAAAGAUUUAGAUUAGCAGGAGAAGCAUAAAUGGUAGAUAGAGUAGUUAAAAUAUUUGCAAAAGUUUAUAAUUAAUAAAAUCCUGAUGUAUUUAAAUCAGAAGAUGUACCAUAUGUAUUGGCUUAUUCAUUCAUAAUGUUGUCUACUGAUGCUGCCUCAACUAAAAUAUUAGCAAAGAAUAAGAUGACUAAAGAGCAAUUUCUUAAAAAUAAUAUUCCAGUAUUUCCAGAUAUAUCACCUAAAUAUUUUGAAGAAGUUUAUGAUUCCAUAACUAAAGAACCAUUUCAAACUACUUUAGAUUAUUUAGAAUAAAUGUAUAAUCGUAUGAUUCUAUGUAAUGAAAAAAUAUAAGGAGAAUAAAUAACUAAAUGGUUAUAAGUAGCAUUUGAUUUAAUGAAAGGAUGCAAUUUAGUUAAAUAUGGAAGAUAUAAUGGUGGAUAACCAAGAAAGUUUUUCUUAAGUAGUGAUGAAAAGUAAUUAAUAUAAAUGAUUAAAUUAGACGUAUAUGUUGGAGAUCAAUAAAUAAUGAUAAUGAACCAGCAAGAUAUAUUAAUAUGAGUGAUGUUCAUGAUAUAGCAUUGGGUUAAAAUACUACUGAAAUUAUGAUUAAGAAUAAUAUACCUCCAGAAUUUGAUAUGUUUUGUUUUUCAAUUAUUACAAUACAUAGAUCAGUUGAUAUCAAAGUAAAUGAUUUGGAAAUUAAAUCAAAAUGGAUUAAUUAUUUAAGAGCUGUUAUUAUUAAUCGUAGAGAAAUGGAAGCAAAAAGAGCAGAAGAAAAAUAAAGAAGAUAAGAAAAUGAAGAAAAGAGAUCAGAAAUAUGGAAAAAUGAUAUCUUACCAUUUUGGCGUUCACAUUGGGAUUAUGAACCUAAUAAACCUUUAAAUUAUAAGAAAUAUAUUAGUGUCAAAAAAGAAGAAGCUGUUUAAAAAGCAUAAAAUUAAGCCAAUUCUGCUAGUGUUCUAGAAAGUUUAUGUCGUUGUCUUAAAAAAACUAUUUCAUUAAAUCCUAUCUAAAAUAGAUAAUAAAUAUAAAAUUAAUAAUAUAGUAAUCAAUCAGAAAUUAAUAAUGGUAGUAAUAUCUAAUAAGAAAUGAUUGUUUAAGGUAAAAAAAAUAAGUCUAUGUUACUUAUGAUUUUAUGGAAACUUGGAUUACCUGAUUUUGCAAGAAGAACUUUAUGGCCUAUUAUUAUUGGUAAUAAUCUUAAGAUCAGAGAAGAACUCUAUUCUAUUUUUGUUCGUAAAACUACAAUUAUUUAAGAAGGUAUCACAAUAAUCAAUUUCUAGCUAUUAGAGGAGAUAUUGCAAGAGCAAAAUAAUAAUAUCCAUUCAUAAAUGAUGUUAAAGCUAAAGAAUUAUCAAAUAUUUUACAUGCCUUUAGUAAUUAUAGACCAGAUUUUGGAUAUAUACCAGAUUUAAUUGAUAUUGCAGUAGUUCUUAUUAAGCAUUUACAAGAAUAUGAUUGUUUCUAAGCCUUAGUCAAUCUUCUUCAUUAAUAUCAUUUCCUAAGUGUUUUUUAAAAUGAUACUAGAUAAAUUGAAUGGAGAUUAAGAUUCUUUGAAGAGAAUUUAUAAAGAAUAUUACCAUUUGUAUUCAGUCAUCUUAAAGCCAUUAAAUUAGAAACUAAACUCUAUUUAAUGAAAUGGUUCUUGAAAAUUUAUUUACAUCAAUUCAAAUUUCCUAUGCUUUCAAGAUUAUGGGAUAAUUUCUUAUUGGAAGGAGAAAUCUAUUUAUUUAAAGUUGGAAUUUGCUAUUUGAAAUAUUUCUAAAUAGAAUUGAAAGUAAUUAAAUCUAUAUUAAAAAUUAGAUGAGUAAUCUCGAUGAAGUUGUACGUAUUCUUACUAAUUGGUAACCAGAAAUUAAUGAAGACUACUUUUUUAUAUAAAUUGAUGAAAUUCCAAUAAAAGAUGAUGAUUAUACUAAGUUUUUAGAAUAACAAAAGGCAGCUGUAUUAAAUACACAAAUUCAUUAAACAUUAAUUGAGUCUUGA